AUGUUUUUCCUCCUUAUGCAGGCAUUUCAGCAGUCCACCGGUAUCAAUGCAGCGAUGUACUACAGCCCAACUAUAGUCCAGAUGGCUGGUUUUCUCUUCCAACCAGUGGCACUUCUCUUAUCCAUGAUCGUUGCUGCUGUGAAUGCUGCAGGGACCAUCGUUGGAAUUUACUUAGUUAACCAUGUUGCCGAAAAACUGGCCCUCGCAAGUUUAUAAGGUGUAUUGGCAUCCUUGGCAAUUCUUUCGGGCGCAUCCUUUGCAGAACCCCCUGAUUCCACAAACGGGGUAUAUGGGUGGCUCGCAGUCAUCGGUUUGGCCCGUUACAUCGCUUGCUUCUCACCCGGGACGGGACCCGUUCCAUGGACAGUAAACUCGGAGAUGUACCCCGAGGCAUAUCGUGGAAUAUGUGGUGGCAUGUCGGUCACCGUCAAUUGGAUUUCGAACUUGAUCAUGGCAGAGACAUUUCUUAGCAUCGCUGAUGCUCUGGGGACAGGCGCAACAUUUCCUAUAGGCGGGGUCUUUCAGGGCCAGACGAUGGCCAACAACCUUCUACCUGAUUUGGACGAGGGCUGCAAACCCCUCACCUGUACCUGGCAAAACAUGUCGAUGUCGAUGUCGAUAUUGAUUGUGCCGUGUAAGACAACCGGCACUACUAAAUCACCAUAUUAG